GUCGACCAGGCGUCUGUUUGACGACCUCGACACAGAUAUGUCAGACUUGUCACCGUUGUGGAAUAACAUGAAGACCCGCAUACCAACGGAGGCCAAAAUCUGGUUCGACCGCCCAAUAACAAGGGAGGAGCUAGCAUCCACAGUGAAGUGCAUGGCAGGCGGCAAAGCUCCGGGGGAGGAUGGGAUCCUGGUUGAGUUCUAUGCAGCCUUCCUUUCGACGUUCUCGGCGGACCUUGUUGACAUGUUCAAUGUCAUUCUGCAGGGGGAUAAUCUUGGCAAAACAAUGUCGAGGGGUGUGAUAUCUCUGUUAUUUAAGAAGGGGGAUAGGAGCGAGGUAAGGAAUUGGAGGCCAAUCUUCCUUCUGAACGUUGUGUACAAGCUACAGGCUAAGACAUUGGCCAAUCGGCUCGCCAAGUUCCUUCCUAACUUGGUACAGAGAGACCAAGGAGCCUUCGUCCAGGGGAGAUCAAUUUUCGAGAAUAUCCUUAUGGCAAUCGAGGCUCUUGAACUGGUGGACUGGGAGGAGGCAAAUGUGGCAGUUCUGCUUCUGGACCUAGAAAAGGCCUACGGCAGAGUAAAUUGGUCCUUUGUUCUCACUACUUUGAGAGUGGUGGGCUUCGGAGAACAGUUCUGCAGGUGGGUUAAAGCCAUGUAUAGCUUAUCUACGGCAGCGGUUUGUGUCAACAGUCAAAUUUCUGAGGAAUUUCAGCUCACCCGCUCAUUGCGACAGGGCUGCCCGCUGGCCCCGUUGCUGUUUGUGCUUCAUUUGGAGCCAUUACUUUGUAACAUCUGUUGCCAUCCCGAGAUCACAGGUUUGGUGCUGCAUAAUGGAAGAGAAAGUCGAGUGAAGGCGUUGGCUGAUGACCUGUUCGCCAUUUCUCAGAACUCCAGCAGAUCCUUGGACGCGCUGAAGAGCUGUUUAGUUAUGUUUGGGGAGCUAUCAGAGGCUGCUGUAAAAUGGAAUAAGUCGGUUUUCUUCCUCCCUCGAUGCCACUCCUUGAGCGUGCAGUGGGGCAUGGAGAGAGUUCCAGCAGGGACCGCAGAACGAUUCCUGGGAGUUCAAGUUGCCCUGCGCGACUGUUCUUCCUCUCAGGACUUGAUCUUACAAGAGAGAGUUGCGAAACGAGUGAAGGGAUGGGGCAAAGCAGGAAACCUCUCGAUUAUUGGGAGAGCGUUAGUCAUUAUGGUCUCGGCCUUUGCUUUGCUGUGCUACGUGGCGGCAGUUCGGCGAAUAGCUCCUGGGACGCUCAAGACGGUUAAAAGCCGCUGCGGUCACCUCUGGAGGAGAUGCAACGGGACAGUUUGGAAAAAGCUGGAUACAAAGGGGAGUGUCGAAAAUCUCGGACCUAUGGAAUCCAGACAUCUCACAGUGGAGAGGUGCAGCGGAACUAAAGUGCAACCUCUGGUUGAAGCUGGAAGGGUCGAUGGCAUGUGGGUGCAAGCCUAUACACUCUGGAACGCCGUCGGAAUGGGUGCCGCGAUUUCUUGUGUAAAUUUGCCUUGCUAUGGAUCAGCGGAUAUUCCCAGUAGGUAUGAAAAUCUGUUGGCCUUUUCCCUUUACCAGCUGCAUCCGUACUGUGCGAUUUAUCGGGGCCCGUCCGAGUUGGUGAAUAUCCGACGGGCAGUACGGAACCACAAGGGUCUGCAUGAGGAUGCUACACGGGCACUUGAUUCGGGUGUACAGGACUUGGAGCAAGCAGCACCAGGGCCAGAUGCUGGCGAACCUAGCAGUGCAGCCUCAACCCGCCAAUUGGAGGAACGAGUUGACCAUGUAGUUGCAAUGCUCGGCGACAUCAGCACCUUCGCCGCACCAGCCACCAUCAACGAGCAGCUGGACACCUUGAAGACCGAGGUUCGGCAACUGCACCAGCUGCUCGACAAGGAUGGCAACACCAGUGCGAAGCAGUAUAAGAUGCCGACAUUCCGAAAAAUGCGAAGCAACAAUAACUCCCGUGGAAAAGGGAAGGCGAAAACCGCAUCACCGGCCGGAAUUGGACAGCCGGUACCAUGGGUCAAGUUCAACUUGACCGAGGCCGAGUACAAGUACCGCAUGCGGUGGAUUGUUGCACGUGGAGUGGCUUCUGCUAUUGGUGCAACAACACCAAGCACAAGACCUCCUACUGCCAAGAUCAAGGCAAGGAGGAUGUUCGACCUCGAAUCAGCUCGGGAGCUUGACCUCAAAUCGGGAUAUCACCAACUCGAGAUCCUGCAGGAGGACCACUACAAGACGGCGUUCAAGACGCGAUAUGGGCAUUUCGAAUGGCUGGUUAUGUUGUUUGGCCUUACGAAUGCCCCGACCACGUUCCAAGCGGCUGUGACGACGGAGUUUCGACACAUGCUGGACAGAUUCAUACUCAUCUACCUCGAUGAUAUCUUGGUGUACAGUCGGAGUUCGGAUGAGCAUGCGGAGCACCUGCGCACCGUUUUGAAACGACUACGACAAGCCAAGUACAAAGCCAACCGCGACAAAUGCGAAUUCGCGCGGCAAGAGCUUGAGUACCUGGGCCAUUUUGUGGUGCCGCAAGGCAUCCGUCCGCUCGCGGACAAAAUCGAGGCCAUCCGAGUAUGGCCCAAACCCACCAACGCCAUGAAAGUUCGCUCAUUCAUGGGGUUGGCGGGCUACUACCAACGCUUCAUCACCAGGUACUCAAGGAUUGCCGCACCAUUGAUGAGACUACAAUCGCCAAAGGUGCCAUUCGAUAUUAGCGACGAAGCGCGUCGGUCAUUCCAAGCACGAAAGACGACCAUGCUCAUGGCACCCGUCCUUAGCAUCUACGACCCCACCUCGCCAACGAGAGUGACAACUGACGCUUCCGGCUAUGGCAUUGGGGCAGUCUUGGAACAACAUGACUGCGAUGACUGGCACCCCGUGGAGUAUUUCAGCCACAACGUGCCUCCCAUCAAUUCACUUGAUGAUGCAAGGAAGAAAGAGUUGCACGUGUUUGUGAUGGCUGUCAAGCGAUGGCGAAACUUCCUCCUUGGGCGUCGUAGGUUCACAUGGGUCACUGAUAACAACCCAUUGACCUACUACAAGACGCAGGAUACGGUGACCAGCACUAUUGGACGAUGGAUGUACUUCAUCGACCAAUUUGACUUCACAUCGAAGCAUCUUGUCGGCCUCUCCAAUCGCGUAGCGGAUGCACUGUUGCAAAGAUCCGAUCUUUGCGCUAUGACACAUCAUGCCUUCGCAUUCGACGAGGAACUCCAGUACAUCGAAGACGAAGAUGGAGCUAUGGCGCAACAGCGACUCGGCGGCGCCAAGUACUUCUCCAAGCUAGACCUCAAGUCCGGUUAUCACCAGAUCGAGAUUCAGCCAAGAGAUCGGUACAAGACCGCAUUCAAGAUGCGGUAUGGGCACUUUGAGUGGAUUGUCAUGCCUUUCGGUCUCACCAAUGCCCCGACUACUUUCCAAGCGGCUAUGACAACGGAAUUCCGCGACUUGCUGGACCGCUCCGUACUCAUUUACGUCGAUGACAUCUUGGUCUAUAGUCGGUCGUUGGAGGAGCAUCUCGAGCACCUUCGCGCCGUAUUGGAGCGGCUUCGUAUCGCCAAGUACAAGGCAAACCGCGACAAGUGCGAGUUUGCCCAACAAGAGCUGGAGUACUUGGGCCAUUACGUCACGCCGCAAGGCAUUCGUCCGCUCGCGGACAAGUUACAAGCUGUUCAAGAUUGGCCGGACCUCAAGUGUACUAUCGACGUCCGCUCCUUUCUUGGCUUGGCAUCGUACUACAUGCGCUUCGUCAAAGGAUUUCAACGCAUCGCUGCACCAUUGUCACGACUUCAGUCCCCCUUGGUGCCUUUCGAGUUCAGCGACGAGGCCCGGCAUGCGUUUCACACGCUGAAGACGACUUUGCUUCAAGCUCCCGUCCUAAGCAUCUACGACCCGACGUUGCCUACCAAAGUGACUACGGACGCUUCCGGUUACGGCAUUGGUGCGGUUUUGGAACAGCAUGACGGCACAGACUGGCAUCCGGUUGAGUAUUUCAGCCAAAAGGUGUUGCCCAUCAACACUCUUGAUGAUGCGAGGAAGAAGGAACUCCUAGCUUUUGUCUCCGUACUUAAGCGUUGGCGUCAUUUUCUCCUCGGGCGUCGGCGAUUCACGUGGGCAACGGACAACAAUCCGUUGACAUAUUACAAGACGCAAGACACGGUGAGUAGCACGAUCGGUCGGUGGAUGUAUUUCAUUGACCAGUUCGACUUCACCUCCAAGCACAUUUCGGGCUCCUCGAACAAGGCGGCGGAUGCUCUCUCGCGAAGACCCGAUCUUUGCGCCAUGGUACACUCCACGUUCGGCCUCGACGAGGACCUCCAACAACAUUUCRUAAACGGCUACAAGUCGGAUCCGGGAUUCUCCACACUCUACGCGGACUUAUCAUCGGACCAACCGCCGGCAAGCAACUAUCGCAUCACCAACGGCGACUUGCUCCUCCAUACGCGAGGCAAGGACUUGUUGUGUGUUCCCCAAGACCGCAUCUUGCGCACUCGCCUCCUUGGCGAAUACCAUGAUUCGCGGCUGGCAGGACACCUCGGCGUCGCACGCACACUAGCACGACUCCGCCAGCGUUUUCACUGGCCGGACAUUAUCAACGACGUCAACCGGUACAUUCAGUCAUGUGCAGUUUGCCACCGGAAUAAAGGGUGCCAUCAGCUCCCUUACGGCGAACUGAAACCAUUGCCGAUACCUCAGGCACCAGGUCUCUCCAUUGCUAUGGAUGUGACCGGUCCUUUCCCUCGCGAUCGCCUUGGUCAUGAUGGUAUUCUCACGGUCGUUGACCGUUUGAGCAAGUACGCUCGAUUUCUUCCAUGCAAGUAUCAUACGACGGCUCCCGAGCUCGCACGACUUUUGCAUACCGGCUGGUUUUGCAGCCACGACGUUCCGGAAGACAUCGUCAGCGACCGCGACACUUGUUUCAUGUCGGCCUUUUGGACGACACUCAUGGUGGAAUCCGGCACCAGCAUGACACCGAGCUCCGCACGGCAUCCUCAAACGGAUGGGCAAACGGAACGUGCGCACCAGACUGCGCACAUGAUGCUCCGCACGCUCAUCCGCCCGGAUCAGAAGGACUGGGUUGACCGCCUUCUUGACAUUGAGUUUGCCUACGACACUUUGGUGCACCCGGCGAUUGGCGUGACUCCAUUCGAGUUGCACCACGGUGGACGGAAAGGACGUAUCUUCGCAAACAUUUUGCUUCCACGGGCUGCCGAUAUAGACGCCGCUUGCUCCCCCGCUUCUACACGGAAGUACAGGGAACUGCUGGCCAAAGCCCGCGCUAACAUGCAAAAGGCUCAGGUCCGUAUGCAGCAGCAAGCGAACCGUCGUCGCAUCCCAUGUCCAAUUCGCGCCGGCGACCUAGUUUGGGUCACCUCCGAGGAAUUCGCGCUCGAGCAGGACGUCUCGCGCAAGCUCCUCCCGAAGUGGUUUGGACCAUGGAUGGUCACUUCAGCAGCUGGCGACGACCCCGCGGGUCCAUCAUUCAUCACCGAAUGACACACGCUGGAUCGCAAGAGCUGA